GAGAGAGAGAGAGAGAGAACAGCACGGAGUCGGAGUCUGACGUUCACUGCAUUCAGUGAGGAUUAAAUCCCUUUAUAGCCGACACUCAUCCGUGCGCGCAAGCGCGCGUGUGUAUGUCUGUGUGUAUGUGCGCGCGCGUGUCGUUAUGUAGAGCUGUAAGCGCGCGCGGAGAUGGCGAAACACAGCCCGGUUCCGUCCGCUUUUUACGGCGAGCCACGGAAGUUUGACCCGGCCUUCCGGGGGCCCGUCCAUAACAGAAGCUGCACGGACGUGCUGUGCUGCGUGCUCUUCGUCGUCGUCAUCCUCGGCUACGCCGCGCUCGGCACUGUGGCCUGGAUACAUGGAGACCCCAGGAAAGUGAUUCACCCUACUGACAGCUCGGGAGAUUUCUGUGGACAGAAAGGCACGGCCAACGCUAAGAAACCCAUCCUGUUCUACUUCAACAUCCUGAAAUGUGCAAAUCCGGCCGUUCUGAUCAACCUGCAGUGUCCUACCACUCAGAUGUGCGUUUCGACGUGCCCGGACCGCUUCGCCACAUACACGGACGUGCAGCUUCAACACGCCUUCAACAGGAGCCACUGGGAAUAUUACAGGAAGUUCUGCAGGCCGGGAUUCAACGAUCCUAAGAAGCCUGUGGCUCAUGUACUCCGUGAUGAAGACUGUCCGUCAGUGAUUGUGCCCAGCAGACCAUUUUUCCAGCGAUGCCUUCCAGACUUUUUCACGAGGAACGGCACGCUGAUGGUCGCCAACAGGACGGCUUUUAAGGACGCGCUGGAUACGGCGAGGAGUGUGCGUGAACUCAGAGAUGCAGCUGAUGGUAUAACGGGUCUGCUGGAGGCCAAGCAGCUCGGCAUGAAGAUCGUGGAAGACUACGCCAACUCCUGGGCCUGGAUUCUAAUAGGGUUAAUCCUAGCGCUGGUCAUCAGUCUGAUGUUCAUCCUGCUCCUGCGCUUCACCGCCGGCCUCCUGCUCUGGUUCACCAUCAUCGCUGUCAUCCUGCUCGUAGCCUACGGAAUCUGCCGUUGUUACUGGGAGUUCACGCUUCUGAGAGAGAUUCCCGAAGCAGACGUCAGCAUCUCGGACAUCGGCGUCCAGACGAACCUACACGUCUACCUGCAGCUCAGCCAGACGUGGCUCAUCUUCUUGGUAUCUCUGGUUUUAACCGAAGCCUCCAUCGUUUUAAUGCUGGUCUUCCUGAGGAAGAGAGUGUGUAUCGCCAUCGCCCUGCUCAAAGAGGGCAGCAAGGCCAUCAGCUACAUCAUGUCUGCUUUAUUCUACCCAAUCGUCACCUUCGUGAUGCUGGCUGUGUGUAUCUCUUACUGGGCCGUUACGGCUGUUUUUCUGGCAUCCUCCGGUCAAGCCGUGUACAAGGUCACGUCAGCGCAGGCCAACUGUAAACACGCCAACCUCACCUGCAGUCCAGAAACGUUUAACAGGACCAACAUCACUAAGCAGUGUCCAGGGGCUCAGUGUCUGUUCGCGUUCUACGGCGGGGAGAGCGUGUAUCACCGCUACAUCUUCCUCCUACAGCUGUGCAAUCUGCUCAUCUUCCUCUGGUUGGUCAAUUUCACCAUCGCGCUGGGGCAGUGUACACUCGCCGGAGCCUUCGCCUCUUACUACUGGGCCAAGAGGAAACCUGAAGAUAUCCCAUCAUGCCCUGUUUUCUCUUCCUUUUUCCGGGCCGUACGGUAUCACACAGGGUCUCUUGCUUUCGGAUCACUGAUCUUGGCUUUCGUCCAGUUCGUCCGAAUUGUACUUGAAUAUCUGGACCACAAGCUUAAAGGAGCUCAGAACGUGUUUGCUCGCUUCCUGCUCUGCUGUUUAAAAUGCUGCUUUUGGUGCCUGGAGCGUUUUAUUCGCUUCAUGAACAGGAACGCAUACAUCAUGAUCGCAAUCUAUGGAAAGAGUUUCUGUACGUCAGCUCGGGAAGCCUUCUUUCUGUUAAUGAGGAACGUCGUGAGGGUAGCAGUGCUGGACAAGCUUACAGACUUCCUGCUCUUCUUAGGGAAAAUCCUCAUAACGGGGAGCGUCGGUGUUAUUGCCUUCUUUUUGCUCACACACAAGAUCCCCAUCAUUCAGGAAGAAGUUCCAGUCCUGAAUAAUUACUGGGUGCCUCUGCUGACGGUCGUGUUCGGGUCGUACCUGAUCGCGCACGGCUUCUUCAGCGUCUAUGCAACGUGUGUGGACACGCUGUUCCUGUGUUUCUGCGAGGACCUGGAGAGGAACGACGGCACGCCGACGAAACCGUUCCUCAUGUCUCCCGGCUUGCGCGGAAUUCUGGGAAGCGUGGAUCAGAGCCCUGGGAAAUCACGAGCAGCGCUGCAUCAGUGCGCGGUCAGAGAAUAGCUUUACUCCUCCUGCUCUGCUAGCAUGCUUUAACUCUUUAACUCUGCGGCCGCGAGGACGCCGGCCGCUACGUCCUGUACUGUAACCCGACUCCGAUGCACUAAGACUGUGACAAACACUGAGCAUUUACUUCCACGAGAGGAGACUGAAGGUGCUAUGCACUAACACACACACACGCACACACACGCACACACAGGUCCUGUCCAACUUUCUAACUGCCUUAUUCACACACGUCCAGCCGUUUACGAGUUUCUUCGACAUCCAGGUUGACCCGAGGUCUGAUCGUUUAUUCAGACGUAGAACCGGUUUUUAUUUUUCGGUCACGUGGACAUUUUUACGUUCCGGCUUUAGGAUCGAUGCGUCUAUCCUUCAGCCUCGGCUCCGCGCCUAAUCCUAACACGCUCACGUGUUCCCAUAUGGAAAAGCUUUUUUUUUUUUUACAAAACAUAUUUUGAAGCGCCGUGUUUUACUCCUCUCACAGCAAUCUGUAUUUAUUUACAGACCUCAAAUUGUAUCUUUUUAUCCGUUUACGGUUACACGUCGUGGCGCGUCCGUGAAACAAGUCGGUUCCACGUUUCCACUUGCGUUGUAGCGGGUAUCUGGUUUCUCUUAACGUCUCGAUGUUACCAAGAAACCGCGAAAAGCAUGACCUCUUCUGUCCUGAGCAUGUCUGUGAAGAGUUACAGCUUUACCUCCGACACUGGAGACUCCUUCCGUGAACGUUGACGCGUUUACGGAUUACGGAGCGUCCACUGUACAAGUCCCUGUGAGUGAGGUGUUACUAUAGAAACGAUAAGGAUACUGAUUAAUAUAAACCUGCGAUUUGAAGCUGCACUAUUGUCAGAGCCGCUGUUUUAGGAAAUGAAUCAACACCUCCUCUUCUGACCAAUCAGAUACUAGAAUUCAGCAGCGCUGUGGUGUGAUGCAGUAUUGUGAAUAUUUUCCUUGUGUGUCAAUAUAUUCACAACUGUACACCCAAAUAUUCUCAAAAUUCAGAUCACAAUGUAUGUUUUCUAACAAAAACCGGGCCGAUAUCAAAUUUUUGGAUAUACGGUACUCUACGGUAUAUAUAUUUUGAACCGUAUAUUGCUUUUCCAUAUGGGAGAAACGGUUGUGGGGGUUUUUUGGGACGUUUAUUCAAAUGAAACGGGAAUAAAAUCCCCGAUUCCAGGCGUUUUUGUCCAAAUAAAGUGGUACAGGUUUAUUCCUGCACACUUUCAACAAUCCUGCUAGUUUGAGUUUUUAAAUUUAAGAUCAGAUUAAACGUAAAAAGGAAAAAAAAAAAAAUACACGACCUGUCCGAUCUGCACGUCUUCCGAUUGGGAACAAAGGGACUUUUAGUAACUAAUUGGCAUUGCUGGAUUGAAUAUUAAUAUAUAUAUUAAAUAUAGUUCAUAUUUAUUUGUCUUAUUAACCACUCCCGAUGAAAAUGUUUGUGAUUUUUUUUUAGAUGUAUAUGUGUUUUUAUGUUAUUUUAAGGAUCCUAUCGCAGUCAUUAAUAAGAUUGUACAUGGUAGCAUGAAUGACAAUCCUGUACACGCAUGACAUAAAUGUGUUCCUUGUUAACUGUUGGGUUAAAACCGUGGUCACCUGAUCACCGGGCGCAGAUUCGGGCACGACAGGAUUGCCAGAUCUGCACAACGAGUCCAGUUCCGCCCAAAAAUAAGUCCAAAGUAACUACCAACAGCAAACAGACUGAAAUUACAGGCUGGAAAAUAUGACAAAAAUAUAUCAUGUCACAUUACUGGAGGACAUUUUUAAAAACGUAUCGUAACAUAUAAUCGAACUUGGGAACUGCCCGCAAAACCGCAGCGCUAUUUUCGGUCACGUGCACUACUACGCUGUAUAAUGAAUGGAAUAUGAUUUUUAGGGUUUUUUUUAGACUUGAAUAUUUCUGAGUACGUCUGGGGCGGAUAGCGCGGUCACACUUAACCAGUGGAACAUUUAACCGGCGAAUUCACUAGCGACUUUACUAGCUCGCUAAUCUAUCGAUCAAAGAAAUUCAAAAACUUAACUAGCUAGCUAAUCCAACAAACAAAUUCACAAAUAUUAUAAUAGCCUAUUAUUUUUAUUUUUAAACAAACUCCCAAAACUUGAUUAGCUAUUAAUUUAACACGCAAAUUCACAAAACGUAACUAGCUCAUUUUAACUGGCUAAAUCGCUAAACUAGCUCGCUAACCACGCAAAACAAAUCAUAAAACUUAGCUAAUUAGGUAGUUUAACAAGUUCAUUCACAAAAUUUGACUAGUUAGCUAAUUAAGCUAACCAAACAAAUUCACGAGCAUUAUGUACAAAACUCAACUAGCUAAUUUACUUAAAUUAACUUAGUUAUCUUAACGCAUUGUAUUCUUUACAUUUGGGACUGAUUUUCAUCUUUACUGAGAAAAGAAAGAGAACAAAACAAACAUCUUGCGCCGUUUGCGAUCGGUUACGGUCAGAAAUGAAAGCGUAAAAGUAGAGAAAAAAAAAUUCUCUUGGAAAUGAGCUUGAGUAAGAAUGAGUUCAAAUUCAGUAUUAAUUUUUGUCUGAAAAAUAGUACUUAAUUACAGCAAUGAAUACAAUUAUUCAAGUAUUUUCCACGGUUACAUUUAGCAUCUAAUACCGGAUGACGUUGGAUGGGUCUUUGCACCUGAUGGCCAACAGAGGGCGCUGUUGUGUAGAGGUCUUUUUUUAUUGUUGUUCAUCAAAUAAUGUCCUGAAUCAUGGUAGGGUUUUUUUUCUUCUUCUUCUUCUUCUUUAACUAUAGAAACUAGUUCAUACAGUUUUUAAUUUCUAGUCAAAUAGUAAAAAUGAACAGUCGUGAACCCACCAAACACUUUACAGUGCAGCCUAUAAUUUGAGAACGGAGUGCAUAAUGAGCAAUUUGAGACACGGCCCUAGAGCUCACUCAAACGAUCCUCAUUGUUCAAUACUACUUGCUGCUUUUCCUCACACUCAAAGACUCAUGCAAGUGGAAUUUUUUUCCCCCCUUAAGAGUUCAUAAAGCAAGUCUGAACGAAAUAAACGGGCACACUAAGCAACCUUUCCAAACCGAACCGUGUCCUCUACAAGGAUGUCAAAGCCAUUCGGGUUCCUUUGUAUCGGGAGGCGUAGGGUUUAACUUCUACACUUUGUAAAUGUUGCAUAAUUGCUUCUUCUUCUUCCCUCCUUUUUUUUUUUUUUUUUUUUUUUUUUUGUAUGUUUCGGGACGGGAAUAUGAUGAAUUUGUAUCUUUUGUACUACACUAAGGAUAAAACAGGAAUGUGAUUGCGCAAAAAAUAAAAUAAAAAUAAAAUAUUGAGUAAUG